CUUCUUUCCCCCCCUGUUCUGCAGGCUCGUUUCCGGCAUCAUGGCUCAAAGGGCCUUCCCGAAUCCUUAUCCCGAUUAUAACAAAUCCCUGGCCGAGAGCUACUUUGAUGCUGCCGGGAGGUUGACUCCAGAGUUUUCACAUCGCUUAAAUGAUAGGAUUCGUGGGCUUAUCCAGCAAAUGGAGAGAGGCUUAAAGUCAGCUGAGCCUCGGGAUGGCACUGUUUACACUGGCUGGACAGGUAUUUCGCUACUUUACUUGCAUCUCUAUGAUCUGUUUGAGGAUCCUGCCUACCUACAGAUGGCACACAACUAUGUAAAGCAAGGUCUGAACUGUUUAAGCAAACGUUCCAUCACUUUCCUGUGUGGGGACGCAGGUCCCCUGGCGGUGGCCGCUGUGGUGUAUCACAGGAUGAACCAGGAAAAGCAGGCUGAAGACUGCAUCAGCAGGCUAAUACACUUAAGUAAGAUUGAUCCUAAUGCUCCAAAUGAAAUGCUUUAUGGACGAAUGGGCUACAUCUAUGCUCUACUCUUUGUGAAUAAAAACUUUGGUGGGGAAAAGAUCCCUCGAAGCCAUAUUCAACAGGUUUCUGAAGCAGUCUUAACCGCUGGGGAAAGUCUAGCUAAAAAAAGAAAUUUUACAUCAAGGACUCCACUGAUGUUUGAAUGGUAUCGAGAAUAUUAUGUGGGGGCUGCACAUGGUCUGUCAGGAAUUUAUUACUUCCUGAUGCAGCCCAGCCUUCAAGUGAGCCAUGGAAAAUUACAUUCUUUGGUCAAACCCAGUGUAGACUAUGUUUGCCAGCUGAAAUUCCCUUCUGGUAAUUACCCUCCUUGUGUGGGUGAUAAUAAAGAUCUGCUGGUCCACUGGUGCCAUGGUUGUCCAGGAGUAAUCUACAUGCUCAUCCAGGCAUAUAAGGUGUUCAAAGAGGAACAGUAUCUCCAUGAUGCCUAUAAAUGUGCUGAGGUGACCUGGCAGUAUGGGUUGCUGAAGAAAGGGUAUGGACUGUGCCAUGGUGCAGCUGGGAAUGCCUACGCCUUCCUCACAUUGUACAACCUCACACAGGAUGCGAAGUACCUGUACAGAGCCUGUAAGUUUGCUGAAUGGUGCUUAGAUUAUGGAGAACAUGGAUGCAGAACUCCAGACACCCCUUUUUCCCUCUUUGAAGGAAUGGCUGGAACAAUAUAUUUCCUGGCUGACCUCCUUGUGCCCACAAAAGCCAAAUUCCCUGCAUUUGAGCUCUAGAAGAAAAGCCUGCCUCCUGUAACUCACUGCAUGAUCCUUUUCUUCUGUCAGCCCUGAACUGUGUGUUCUCAUUGCUUUUCAAAGAAA